AUGUUUGACUUCCAUAAAGAAGAUCAUUUCCCAAUCAAGACAGAGCGCAGAAACUAGGCUAAGUCAAGUUACGAUACAAACCCAAAUGAUGAUCCGACAACUCUCCUUAGAAACAAAAUUCUGUUCUCACAAGAUUCUGAAUCCAUUAAAAGCUAACUGGAUGAUCCAUACAUUAACUUCAAUAGUGUGAGCCAAGAUGAAAAUGCUCAGAAAAAUGAGAUUCAGGGAACAAACUAUCUACAGGGACUAAUGAAGCGCUAUGCCAGUCCUAAUAAACGCUUUGAUAAUGUCUAGAUAUGCAGUCCAAUCAGAUUGGCAUAAUAAUAAAGGCAAUAAUCGCCAAAUUAGAGUAGAACUGGGAUCAGGCCCGUGAAUAACAAUAAUAGUGGGCAAAAUAAAAGUGUAGGAAGAGUGAAUAUAAAUGGGAAUAGUAAUCAUCCUCCUAAUUAGCAAGUUUCUUUUCUUAAAAAAUUUACUAAGAAUAACAAUGCUGGAAGCGGAACUAACAACUCAAUGAGUAAGGAUUAAUAACAAAAAAAGGCUCCAAUAGCUAACAGUAAGUUGCAACAAAUGACAGAGACUGAAAAAAGACUUAUGAAAAUAAAUAACUACGAUCCAGCUCUUCUAAACGAAGAGUAAAAGUAGAUUAUUGAAAGCCAAAAGCCAGUAUACAAAGACAUAUCUAAGGCAAUCCUCUCAAUUAGGCAAAAAGCAGGGUAAAUGAGCACUCAGUAAAAAAUCAAGCGAAGUAAAAGUCGAGAGAGCCAGAAAACUACAGCUGUUGAGACUAAUAUAAACACUGAUUUAUCGUCACUAGAUCCGCAUCAGAUAGACUUCUAUGAUAACAAUAAACAAAAUAGCUGUAGAGAUGGAAUGGAUAUCAAGGAUCGCAGGAGAUAAGCCAACAUGAAUAUGAAAAUGAUGUAGCAGACACCAGUUGCUUAGAAAACUAUGCAGUUUCUUAAUAUGUCUGAAGACUAGGAAUCUCAAAGGUACUACUCAAAGCAUAACCUCAACAAGGAGAAGUCAACUUCAAGCUUUAUAAGCUCAAACCAAGAAAUUGGAAACAUAAGCAGUAAAAUUUAGGAUAUCUCAAGUAGAAAUUAAGAUGGAAUACAGUCAGAUGAUCUGACAAUGAACAGUGUAAGAAGCUAUACCUCAACUAAUACUAAUAAAACAGUGGCUAAAAUAUCAGCAGAAAACAGAUUCGUCAGCAGUCACUAUUCAGAGAUGAAGCUUAAGAGGAUGGAGGAAGAGCAAAAGAGAAUGAAUAACAAGACGCCAUCACUUCAAUACAAUAUGAACGAUGAUCUUGUGAGAAUAGAAUCAUCUCAGUCUAGUAUUAUUAACGACAGUUGCAGUAGUUCUCAAGUCUAAUUCAAGAAAAGGAUGAACAAAGUCAGCUCUGGGGCAAAGUUAGGUGAUUUGAUAAAAUCCUAUGGAAUAGAAGACGAAGAACAGCCUGCAGCUAAAAGCUCAAGAGUUGGUUCUAAAAGAUCUCCUGCAAGGCAAGUAAUACAAAAGAAGAUAUCUUAAAGACCGUAGCCUAUCGACAAAGAGCAAUAUGAGUUCUUCCCAAUCGAAAGUCGCGUACUUAACACUGGGAGGAAUAAGUCUAAUGGAAAACAUGCUUUAAAUUCUAAGAAUAAAUGA